AUGAGCGAUGGCAAGGAUAAUGUCUCUCUCUCUUUGACCACACGUCUGGUGCCUCAAUCGCUCUCGCUGCCACAGCUGAGCUUAGUGCUUGUUCCCAGUGGCAGACUCGAACAGCUUCUAGCCGCUGAGACUAGCAUAGUCGCUCUAGGUGCUGCUCGUGGCGCUCCUUGCACCCCCAUCGUUGAGGGAUGCUCUCCCUCUCCCCUCGCCUCCUCCUACACUACUGCCGCUGCAGUUGACUUCCUUGGUGCUGAGUUUGUUGCUGCUGCUUCUGCUCCUAGUGGGAGGCACCGCAACAGCAAGGGCAAGGGAGCCAGAGUAGCGGAGGUGGCACCAGGGGGGGUGGUGGUGGAGGAGGUGGAGGUGGAGGAGGAGGAGGUGGCGGAGGGAGUGGUGGCGGGAGUGCUGGCGGGAGUGGUGGCGUCGGUGGCGGCGGUGGGAGUGGCGGUGGAGGCGGUGGCGGCGGAGGGGGUGGCGGCGGCAGUGGCGGCGGUGGUGGCGGUCGGGGUGGCGGUGGCGGCGGCGGUGGCGAUCGGGGCGGAGGCACUAGCGCUAGCCAGAGACAGCAGCAGCAGCAGCGUCCCCGUGAGGCUCUUACGCUUCAGCAGCUUCGUGAGUGGCUUGCUCAGCGUGGGACGUCUAGGGCACCGCUGCUUCUCCCGCCUUGACGACACCUGGCGUGAGGAGAUGGGCGAGGAGGUCGAGCGCCCUCGCUGGCAUGAGCUGCUUAGGGCUGGUGUAGACAUCUUUGCUCUUAACUAUGAUGCUAUCCUUGCUGCCAUGUAUGCAUUGACUGUUAGUGCUGAGGGAGACUGCUAUUUGUGUGUGCCGCCUGACCCAGGUGUAGAGGCUUCUGCCUUAGGGGGCCCAGCUCUUACACGGUCGCUCCCGUGCCCGGCGGUUCCGUCUGGCUCACUGACAGGCCUCCACCUCCCCUUGUUCUCUACGAACUUGGUGAGCAACGCAGUUCUCCAGGACUAG